GCGAAACAGCAAAAACGACCGUUCGCUUAUCAAAAGAUGGGAGGCGCUUUGGUCAACGACCUUAAGUGGAAUCCAGUGAAUGCCACAAUGUUAGCUGUCUGUCUGUCCGAUGGGAGCGUCUCCGUCCUGCAGGUGAUGGAAACCGUAAAGGUCUACGCCACGCUUCCUGCUUCAGUGGCCGUCACAUCUGUGUGUUGGAGUCCUAAAGGGAAACAGCUGGCAGUAGGCAAGCAGAAUGGCACAGUGGUCCAGUAUCUGCCGAACUUGCAGGAAAAGAAAACAAUUCCUUGCCCUCCAUUCUACGUGGCAGAUAAUCCUGUCAAAGUCCUGGAUGUGUUGUGGAUUGGCACUUACGUCUUCACCAUCAUUUACGCCGCAGCCGACGGCAACUUGGAAACUUCUCCCGAAGUGGUUAUGGCCUUGUUGCCGAAAAAAGAAGAGAAGAGGCCUGAGCUCUUCGUAAACUUUAUGGAGCCUUGUUAUGGCAGUUGCACCGAGAGGCUCCAUCACUACUUCCUUAACUUCGUUGAAGACUGGGAUCUGGUCUUAUUAGCUUCUGCCGCUUCCACCGAAGUCAGCAUCCUGUCAAGACAAGGGGAUCAGACCAACUGGGAACUGUGGGUGUUGGAGGACUCCAGUCGCGCAGAGCUUCCCGUGACAGAUAAAAGCGACGAUUCCUUGCCUGUCGGAGUCGCCAUUGAUUAUAGCAACAACACGCCCAUAACUAUUAGUGAAGAUAAAACUUUGGAUCCUGCUCCGGUCUUGAUGUUGUUAUCCACAGACGGGGUUUUAUGCCCCUUUUACAUGGUCAAUCAAAACCCCGGCGUCCGAUCUCUCCUGGUGGCCCCCGAACCUCUCUCUGCAGAAGGGGAGAGGGGAGCGAAAACCACAGGCGCCACGGCUCCUUCGGCUGCUCCCAAGAGCGACGCUCCCCCAGCCCCUCCAGCCCCAGGUCCCCCCUUAGUCCCAAGCAGUGGGGCCACCACCCCCUUCUCUUUUGCAAGCCCCCCGCUCAAGGCCCCUGGCCCGGCUCCCAGUCCUUCUCUGCCUUAUCCGUUCCCAUCGGAGGCCCCAGCAGCGGCUCCUGGGCCCAGCACCAGCAAGGCCUCCGAGUUCCCUUCUCCCGCCGCCCCGAAAGCACCGCAAACUCCCAUCGUCCCGUCUGGCCUCGUCCCGGUUUCCGCUCCAUCUUUCUCCUUUGGGUCGGUGAGCUUCAAGAGCCGUGUCGACGGACCCGUUCCUCCCACGGCGACUAAGCCCAGCUUUGCGCCAGCGGUAUCCUCCGUCAAGGUCAACCUCAACGAAAAGUUCGCUGCUGCCGCUGCCGAGUCUGCUGCCCCUUCCGUCAGCGCCAGCCAAGUGCCCUUCCUCUUUCCCCCGGCUGCAAAAUCUACCCCUGCAGGAGCCCUAGGCCUGGCCACGCCUCCUCCUGCCCCCAUCAAGGCUUCUACCCCAGUGACUUCAGCAAAUGGCCCAUUUCCAGAAAGAGUUGGAGGAACUGAAGGCUCGGACGGCCAAGGCCUCGUUCCAGGUGGGCAGUGAGGAGGAGAAGAAGCAGCUGCGCAUGGAAGCCACCGACCUGCACACUUUCCUGCUGGAAAUCAAAGAGACCACAGAGUCCCUUCAUGGAGACAUCAGCCUCCUGAAGACCAACCUCUUGGAAGGCUUUGCAGGGGUGGAGGAAGCCCAGGAGAAGGACGAGCAAGCUCACAACUCAGAGUACUUGCACCUGCUUUACAAGAAGCCCUUGGACCCCAAGAGCGAAGGGCAGCUUCAGGAAAUCCGUCGCUUGCAUCAGUACGUGAAGUUUGCUGUCCAAGACGUGAACGACGUUCUGGAUUUGGAGUGGGAUCGGCACCUGGAACAGCAGAAGAAGCAGAAGCGUUUAGCUGUCCCUGAGCGAGAGACUCUCUUCAACGCCCUCACGAACAACCGGGAGAUCAUCAACCAGCAGAGGAAGAGGCUGAAGAAGUUGGUCGACAGCUUGUAUGAGCUCCGUUUAUACAACCACGUCACUCCGUGGAACGCGUCCGCUCAAGGCUCUUCUCACACCAGCAUCCAGAGCUUGGAGAGCGAGCUGGAGAAUCUGAGCAACGCCUUAACGAAAGCCACGCUGGAAUCUUCCACCAAAGCAUCAUCUCCCUCAGCUGCUAAGUUGUCCGUUGUGAAGCAGUCUCAGCUGAGGAAUUUCUUGUCUAAGAGAAAACUGCCCCCUGUCCGCUCGACAGCACCAGCCACUCUGUCCCAGUCAGCUUUCCUGUCUCUGAGAUACGAUGAAGACCUGGACGAGAUCAGCUCUGCCUCUUCAGUCGCCCAGUCCUUGGAGAACGAGGAGACGGAAGGGGUGGAUCAGGAGGAAGUGGAGGUGGUGGUACCAGUCCCAGCACCUCGCCACGCCCCAGUCGUCCGGACACCUUCAAUCCAACCCGCCCUGUUGUCGCAGCCCCUGCAUCUUGGCAAACCCCACGUCACAAUGGGCACUUUGAGUGAGUCGAUUGCGGCAUUUAGAGAGCUUUCCGCGGGGGAGAUUAGAGGUUAAGAUCUGUUCUGACUUAGGCUUCCUGAACAAGCAAGAAG